AUGCAGGACCGCUACAUGGAGGUGAGCGGCAACCUGCGGGACCUCUACGACGACAAGGACGGCUUGCGAAAAGAAGAGCUCAGUGCCAUUUCGGGGCCGAACGAAUUUGCAGAAUUCUACAACAGACUAAAACAGAUUAAAGAAUUUCAUCGGAAGCACCCGAAUGAGAUCUGUGUUCCCAUGUCAGUGGAGUUUGAGGAACUGCUGAAGGCCAGAGACAACCCAAGUGAAGAGGCGCAAAAUCUAGUGGAGUUCACGGAUGAGGAAGGAUAUGGACGAUACCUAGAUCUGCAUGAUUGUUAUCUCAAAUACAUUAAUCUGAAAUCCUCAGAGAAACUUGAUUAUAUCACUUACUUAUCCACAUUUGACCAACUCUUCGAUAUUCCCAAAGAGAGAAAAAAUGCUGAAUAUAAGAGGUACCUUGAAAUGCUUCUUGAGUACCUGCAGGAGUACACUGAUCGGGUGAAACCAUUACUGGACCAGAAUGAGCUUUUUGGGAAAAUUCAGACCGAGUUUGAGAAGAAGUGGGAAAAUGGAACGUUCCCUGGCUGGCCGAAAGAGACCAGCAGUGCGCUCACUCAUGCUGGAGCCCACCUGGAUCUCUCCGCGUUUUCCUCUUGGGAGGAAUUGGCCUCCCUGGGACUGGAUAGGUUAAAAUCAGCUUUAUUGGCUCUGGGUCUGAAAUGUGGCGGGUAAGAUACAGUCGAAACAUCCUGAAUGGUUCUCGGUGGUUUUCGUGCUCAGAGACUUUUUAGCACUAAAGGCAAAUCCCUGGAGGCACUUGAUCCUUCCUUGUUUGCCAAGAAUCCAAAGACAAAAGGAAGCAAAAGAGAUACUGAAAGAAAUAAAGAUCUUGCAUUCCUGGAAGCUCAGAUAUAUGAAUAUGUAGAAGUGCUUGGGGAACAGAGACACCUUACUCAUGAGAACGUGCAGCGUAAGCAAGCACGGACAGGAGAAGAGAGAGAGGAGGAGGAGGAAGAGCAGAUCAGCGAGAGUGAGAGUGAAGACGAAGAAAACGAAAUAAUUUAUAAUCCUAAAAAUUUGCCUCUUGGUUGGGAUGGCAAGCCAAUUCCUUACUGGUUGUAUAAAUUACAUGGUUUGAACAUCAACUACAAUUGCGAGAUCUGUGGUAACUACACGUACCGGGGUCCCAAGGCCUUCCAGCGUCACUUUGCAGAAUGGCGCCACGCUCAUGGAAUGAGAUGCCUGGGCAUUCCCAACACUGCACACUUUGCCAAUGUCACACAGAUUGAGGAUGCUGUCUCACUGUGGGCAAAGCUGAAACAGCAGAAAGCUUCAGAGAGAUGGCAGCCAGAUACAGAGGAGGAAUAUGAGGAUUCCAGUGGGAAUGUGGUGAAUAAAAAGACCUAUGAAGACUUGAAGCGUCAAGGGCUGCUGUAACUUUUCCCAAGAAAAUGAUUUUGCAUCUGAAAAUCAAAUGGAGAAGUGUCAGCAGCUCCGACUUCUUCAUUUUCUGUAUUUUCUAUUUUGCAUGACUAGAUUUCAAGGAUACUUUAUAGAAUCACUUUCUAGUAAGCCCCUUGUGAAAAGCAUACUUGUGAUAGUUUAAAAAUUCUGUUAUUUUGUAUU